UGUACGCCAUUUUUAACCAUACCGCAAUACCGCGGUUAUGCUAUUCAGCAGAUUUGUAUGGAACCGGGCCACAAUUUCAACUCGACAGUAUAAACAGCGACGCACAAUCUUGCCCUCAUUUGACAGUAGCAGCAAAACAAAGAUCGCGACGAAUAACGCCAUAUAGUAAUACAAAAAAAAAACAGAGUUUUUAAACCUAAUCCAAUACUAGUUUUGAUACAAUUUUUAACCUGUCGUGCGUUAUGAAAACGUACCCGAAUGGAUAGCACGCAGAUAAAUCAUUGAGUACACCCGACGCGGUUUUGUUAAUAUGCACAAUUAGCUUAUUUGUCACUUCUUGACAUUGUGCCAAACCAGGUGGAGGCUUUUCUUGUGCUAGAAAUACAAGUGUGUGUCAACAACAUAAACUCACUUUAAUGCGUAAAACUGGCUAGUGGCGUGUGUUGCUGUAAUCAGUGCUACGGUUCUAUUUCAUUUGCAAUGGCAUUCGUAAUGAAGUGCCGAUUGCCACGGUACUGACGGUGUUGUGAGAACAGACGGAAGCUUCUGCGAUUGUCGUAGUAGGUUGUGUAGUUUUGGCAUCGAUAACUAUGCAAUAAUGGACAUCGUAGGGUUAGUGAAGAAGUCGUACGCCGAUUACGGCACCAUGUUGAAGGAUUCCUGGUAUACCAUCAACACGGAAGACCUAAAUCUAUCAUGGGCAAUCAAACUGUUGGUGGCUAUUUUGGCAAUAAUAGCCACCAUCUACAUCUGGCGCAGGAAACAUCUCAGAAAACUAGAAGAAAAAAUGCAGCUACAGAACCAGUACGCAUCUCACAUGCGUUUCCGCAAGCGCGACAAAAUGAUGUUCUACGGACGUCGGAUGCUGCGCAAGGUAAAAUCCAUAUCAGGCCAAGCGUACGGUGGCCAGGGUCGUAAACGUCGUGCGGUGAUGCGGUUUGCAAAGCGGCUGCUGUUGCGGAAGGACGUGACACCGACGCAACUGUUGGUGAUUGAACCGCCGGCCGAAUAUCUGGAGGUGGCAUCCGAUGGUAACGAUCGUGUACCGCCCGAUGCGCUUUAUAUGCUACAAUCAAUACGCAUCUUUGGGCACUUCGAGAAGCCCGUCUUUUUGAAGUUAUGCAAGCAUACGGAAAUCAUUAAUCUCAUAGCGGGCGAAAGCUUGAUUAAGGUGGGCGAUCCGGACGAUAGUGUAUUUAUCGUCCAGACGGGACAGGUGAAUGUGUUCCUAAACAAUCCGGACGGAAGUUCCAUCACGCUGAAGGUGGUACGGCAAGGUGAAUCGGUAACAUCACUGUUGAGCUUUAUUGAUGUACUAGUGGGCAAUGCGAGCCAGUAUAAAACGGUCACCGCACGGGCGAUGGAAAACUCGCAGGUGAUCCGAUUGCCGAUGUUUGCCUUUCAGCAGGUGUUUAGCGAAUGUCCAGAUUUGCUGGUACGUGUGAUACAGGUUAUAAUGGUGCGUUUGCAGCGUGUCACCAUUACCGCACUGCACAACUAUCUUGGCUUGAGUACGGAAUACAUACAGUGUUCAUCACAGCGGAAAAAGAUUCCGAUUGCACCGCAGACUAAGGGCAGCCCCGGCCAUCGACGGGUACCAUCCGAUCAGGUACAUCCCGUACCGCAUUCGCUCGUGGGCGAAAUCAAACCGGACAUGCUGGUAGAUCUGUCCGACGGGCAGCACAAUGUAGGCCGCCGUACGUCCGCCCUACCGAUCGAACCAAUCGAUCAUGCGGUGCUGAAGGCGUGCGCUGUCGAUGGAUUCAUGCAGGAGCUAGAUCUACCCGAUACGCACAAGCAAACGAUCGAAGACAGCAUACUGAUCAAAGAGGUAUCGCCCGGUACAACGCUCGUCCAUCAGGGUGUGUUGGAUGACGUUAUGUUGAUUUUCGUGAUUGCCGGUGGGCUCACGCUAACGCAGUGCCCCCAAACGGGCCCGAUUGCGCAGGAUGCUAACAAGCUUGUCGGCGAUAAGAUGGACAAUCAUACCGUCACCAUCUACCCGGGUGAUGUGGUCGGCGGUUUGGCGGUCCUAACAGGCGAAUGUAGCCUGUACACGAUCCGUGCGAAACACAAUUCCCGUGUAGGAUUGCUCAACAAGGAUGUCAUCUAUAAAAUAAUGCGCGAACGUCCAGCAGUAGUGCUCGAUAUAGCUAAUAGCGUCGUAAAGCGUUUAUCGCCUUUAGUGCGGCAGUGUGACUUUGCACUCGAUUGGAAUUUUAUUGAGUCAGGGCGGGCGGUUUACCGGCAGGAGGAAACGAGUGAUUCCACCUACAUCGUGCUGAACGGGCGGCUACGAUCAGUGACGACACACCCGAACGGUAAGAAGGAAAUCGUGGGCGAGUAUGGCAAAGGUGAUCUGAUUGGCAUUAUCGAAAUGAUUACGGAGACGCCCCGUACUACGACGGUGAUGGCGGUGCGUGAUUCGGAACUGGCGAAACUCCCCGAAGGGUUGUUUAAUGCGAUCAAAUUCAAGUACCCGAUCGUGGUGACGCAACUGAUCAGUUUGCUCAGCCACCGGAUACUUGGCUCGAUGCGUUCCCGCCCGAUUGCUACCAGCUCGUUUACGUCCGUGUCGUUCGAUACGAACCAGCAGAUACAGCACCGUUAUUCGACGGUGGCGAUCGUGGCGGUCAGUGAUGAUGUGCCACUGUCACCGUUUACGUACGAGCUGUACCAUUCGCUCAGUACGAUCGGUUCGACGGUGCGGCUCACGUCGGAGAUUGUACGGAAAGCGCUCGGUGCAACGAUUAUGGAACCGCCGAACGAGUAUCGGUUGACGAGCUGGCUCGGGCAGCAGGAGGACCGGCACAAUAUUACGCUCUACCAGUGUGACAACUCGUUUGGGCCGUGGACGCAACGCUGCCUACGGCAGGCCGAUGUCAUUUUGAUCGUUGGCUUUGGCGAUCGGUCACCGAUGAUGGGCAAGCUGGAGAAGGAGAUCGACCGGUUGGCGAUCAGGACGGCGAAGGAGCUGGUACUGCUACACCCGGAGGAGGGUAAUACCUGUCCGAACAAUACGAUCAGCUGGUUAAAUAUGCGUGCCUGGGUAUCCCGGCACCAUCACAUCCAGUGCCCGAAGCGAAUGUUUACACGUCGGAGUCAGAAUAAAAUCGCUGAGCUGUACGAGCGUAUAAUGAAGAACGAACCGUACAUUCACUGUGAUUUCUCCCGCUUGGCACGGUGGCUAACCGGUAACUCUGUUGGGCUGGUGCUCGGUGGUGGUGGUGCUCGUGGUGCUGCGCACGUAGGUAUGCUGAAGGCGAUCCAGGAGGCGGGCAUACCCAUCGAUAUGGUCGGUGGUGUAAGCAUCGGUGCGUUUAUGGGUGCACUCUGGUGUAUGGAGAAAAACAUAACAACCAUGACACAAAAAGCACGCGAAUGGUGUACGAAAAUGACCCAAUGGAGUCGACAGUUGCGCGAUCUCACGUACCCGAUAACGUCAAUGUUUUCUGGUCGGCAUUUCAAUCAAACCAUACGCGGUACGUUCGGGGACAUUUGCAUCGAGGAUCUGUGGAUACCAUACUUCACCCUUACCACCGACAUCUCCGCCAGCUGUGCCCGGGUACACACACACGGUUCAACGUGGCGUUACGUACGUUCGUCGAUGUCGCUGAGCGGUUACAUGCCACCGUUAUGCGAUCCAACAGAUGGUCACCUACUGCUGGAUGGUGGGUACGUCAAUAAUCUCCCAGGAGAUCUGUGGCGUUGUGUACGUGCCAGUAUGUCAGUAGCCGGUAUAUUUCCUCCUAUCUGUGAUACACGAGAUGGCCAUCUGCUGUUAGAUGGUUGCUAUACGAAUAAUGUGCCAGCGGAUGUGAUGCGGGCACAGGGUGCAGCACAUAUUAUAGCGAUAGAUGUGGGUUCGCAGGACGAUACAGAUCUGACAGAUUACGGCGAUGAUCUAUCCGGUUGGUGGUUGCUUUACAAGCGCUGGAACCCGUUCACCUCGCCGGUGAAGGUACCGAAUCUGCCCGAUAUCCAAUCACGCCUCGCAUACGUAUCGUGUGUGCGUCAGCUAGAGGAGGUAAAGAAGAGCGACUACUGUGAAUACAUUCGGCCACCGAUCGAUCGAUAUAAAACGCUAGCGUUUGGUAGCUUCGAUGAAAUUAAAAACGUCGGUUACGAGCAUGGUAAAGCGUACUUCCAAAACAUGGCAGAAAAUGGACGCUUGACACGGUUCAACCAAUGGUCGGUGCAUCCGAUACCGAAGAAGGCCACCCAUUCGCUGAAUGAAUAUUCGUUCGUCGAUCUGGCCCAAAUCGUAUGCAAAGUACCGGAAACGUACCCGGAGCGUGGUUACUCGUCGAGUGAGGAUGACUACUACGACGGUUACGCAUCGGAACCGUCAAGCAUGCCGCUGAAAAAGGGCUACAAUAUGCCGCUGAUGCGUUCGGCCGGUUCGCUCUCCCUGUCGGACAACGAUAUGGAUUCGGAUGAGCUCGAAAUACCGCGACCCUUCAAACCACUGCAAGGCAAUCGCAACCUGGGAGGCGAUAGAAAGGAAUAGUGAUUUGUGUUUGGUUCCUUUCGUUUUUCGUCCUCCCUUUUUUUUCUCAUAUACUUUAAGUACGAUUUUUUGAAAUUAAUUAUGUCAGGUUUCUUUUUUUACUGCGCCUACUCAUCCUGCUAGAGCAAUUUGGCAAAUUUGGCUACGGAUGUGCAUCCGUUUCUUAUCACGAGCAACACACAAGCACGAUAGUACCAGACGCGGUAGUGUUGAUGAAUGAAUAUCAUGCAAAUGUAAGAAAAAUCAAGAGAAUAAUCGUUAUAGCCAGACAUUGUCGGAAUGAAAGGAAAAGCAAAUGAUAUAAUUUUGCAAGUUAAAUUGCAUUGCAUUACACGCAUCGUUAUACAACCAAUGUACCAAUUGGAGUUAAUUUUUCCGUUCACUUACCGUUCGCUCCCAAAGAUAUUGUAAGCGUACCUGUGUGCGUAUAUAUAUAUUUUUUUCAUUCAAUAAACUUACAAACCCCGUUUAUUGCUA